GGAAUAAUAAAGUCACACAGAUAAAACCCCUGCGAGAAUGAGAGAGCGCACUGAGAAAUAUUUUGAGAAGGAAAUUCAGUGUUGCGAAGCCGCGUUCGGCGCAUGAGCACACUAAUGCGCUCAAGCCAAGGAGGUCUGGAAGUAGCUGCAAAUACAAGGGUUUCAAAUUCCAGUGGAAAGAAGCGAUAGAACUCAUGUAGUUUCUGCUCAGGUUACCUCAUAUCGGAUUUAUAAGCGAGUGAACCUCUUGUCAGACACCCUACGCACUGGCAUGUUCCUCUCAAUCGAUAAAAUCAAUGUUGUCCUCGGUAAAACACGAAGCAAACCUACAGUUGGUCCUACAUGGCAAAACGCGACUCGCACAAUGAAGUCGUCUACGCAAUCCUCAUCUUGCCUAGUGUUACUUACGGGGAGGAACGCCCAACUCUCCUCGCCACAGUGAAAUAAGCGAAACAAGUCAAGAAUUCACACUAGUCAACACCACUUUUGGCCUGCUAAGAGACGACAAUCAAUUCCUGAGAGGAGCCAACACAGGCUACACGACCUAUAUUAGUGCUCAGUCAAUACCAUGUGGUAAACAUGAAUGAUAUGUGAGUACCUUCUGCGCCCGUCUCAGUGGGUGAGGGGACCGGUGAUCCAGCCAGUGAGGAGAGCAUGGAUGUAUCUGAAGCUUCCAACAGCAGUGGAACCCUGGCCAACCAGUCGCCUCUCUCUGACCACAUUCCCAACAACAUCUACUCCUUUGAGCACAGUGUCCGCGACCCCCUUCGGUUCCCAAUGCAGCAGAACGGACGGUUAGUAGGAGCAGCUGUGGAGGGCAAUGUUCCUCCACCAGCAGGGGGAGGAGCUGCAGCUGAAGCAGCCGGAGGCCAUAGACCUUCACCAUUCAAUCUUUCCCACUUGGAAUUUUCACUUCCAGACACAGAGAUAUAUGAGGCAGAACCAGUGGACUUCCCUAGUUCUCCAACUGCCCUUCGCUCCAUGGUCCACCCCAGUGACGACAGCCUUGGAAUGGGUGUCAGACUGGCAGAGAGGGAGGAGCCCCCUCAAGCCCCUGCCACUCCUACUGAAGAAGACCGGUCCAUGUAUACUGCUGUAGUGUCUCCGCCCACUGGUCAGGUCACCCUCCGUAAAGAACGUCCAUCCAGUCUAGAAGUAAAUCGUAAGAAGCGCCUCACAGUCACAGAGGAACUGCUCACAGUGGCAGUAGAUGAUGAUCAGCAUUCCAUCUCAUCACUCAGUCAGCACAGCGAUGAUGAUGAUGAUGAUGCUCAGAUGCUCUCACAUGAUGAGUUUACAGACAUGUUGACUCCAGAUGAUAUUGACACGCCUGAUGAGCUUGAGGAAUCCAUCAUGGAGCGUCUUGGUCCACAGCCAACCAUAGAGCCACUUCCAGAGUACACAAUAACGCAGGAAACCUCAGAGGAAAGGUCAUGGCGAUCUGUUGUAAUAUCGGGUAUUGAACGGCGCAUUGACAUGAAGGUCAUUGAACCCUACAAGAAGGUGCUAAGUCAUGGAGGCUAUCUUCCAAGCAGUAAUGAAGCAAUUAUUGUGUUUUCUGCAUGUUUCCUGCCUGACAGGUCACGCAAAGACUAUGAUUAUGUAAUGGACAACCUUUUUAUGUAUGUCUUGACAACCUUAGACCAGCUGAUUGCAGAGGACUACGUAUUGGUUUACCUUCAUGGGGCCACAACACGGGGGAAUAUGCCGUCCUUUGCUUGGCUUAAGCGCUGCUAUCAGAUGAUUGACCGACGUCUGCGGAAGAACCUGCAGGGCCUCUACCUGGUCCAUCCGACAUUCUGGGUCAAGACAGUGGUUGUGAUGACAAGGCCUUUUGUCAGUGCCAAGUUCGCAAGGAAACUCAGGUUUGUGAAUAGCCUGAAAGAAUUAUCAAGUCUUAUCCCUAUGGACCAAGUAUGCAUCCCUGACCGAGUGAAACAAUAUGAUGAAAUACGUGAAAGUUUGCUAGAGAAGGCAUGAAGAUAUGGAGAACAUGGAACUUGGAAGGUCGAGAAGGAACUUGGCCUUAAUCUUAGACAUAAUGAAGAUGUACUGAGUCUCUGUCAAGAUGGAACCAGUGCUUUUACCUGCAUUGAUUUCAUCCUAGAAGAAGCGAAUAUAUGGACAUAGUGUAUAGUACAAUAGAAUUCCCUCUUUGAAAAAGAUUUCUUUGUUGUUGGUUGUGGAUUGACAAUAGUGUUGGUCAGAAGUUCUGUGAUGAAAAAUAAAGGACAUGUAAUAUGUAUGCUUAGAACCCAGUAUAUGUAUAAUUUGACUAAGCAGUGAAAUUUGAAAAAGCAAGUGACCCAAAGUGUUGAAAGUCAACUGUUGCAUCGAUGUUACACGUCCGUAUAUUACUUGUUUCCUAUACUCAAACAUAAAAAGAAAGAAUAUGUGGACAGACUGGUUGUGAUUCCCAGCAGACCCAUGAGUUGUAAGUGGGUGAGGAUCAUCUCUGAACAUUCGAGCACAAAUUGUCACCCUUUCAGAUCUGCAGCAGUAAUGCUCUCAAGUAUGCUCAUGUAAAAGAAUUAAGUUUUCUUCUUCCUCUUCUUCUUCUUCUUGCCGAAAAUACUAUUUCCAUUUCAAAUGCAGUGAGGAUGAGAUGUGUGAGAUAACUCUCAUCUGGUACAUACUGUUAUUAUUUCCUGCAUAGUAACUGUGAGUCACAUUUAACAUGUUGAAUGUGCAAUACACUAGUGUACUGGCAUCUGCACAUUUAGUUAUGGCUUCAUGAUAAAAAAGAAUAAGUUCCACAAACAGGGGAGCCUGACCUGUUAUGAGAACUGUGUGCCAUCAUGAUAAAAACAGUCUUGCAAAUCAAUAUUUUGCCCAAACCUCUGUUGUAAUGAUAAUUGCAUAUAUACUCACUUCUACGGUAUUACUCUUCUACACAUAGUAAAAUUAUAUAUUGCACCCAAGCACAUACUACACACACACAUGUACACACACACACACACACACACACACACACACACACACACACACACACACACACACACACACACACACACACACACACACACACACACACACACACACACACACACUCUUGUACAAAUUUUGCUUUCUCUAUUUCUCUCUGCAUUUUGUCUUUUUCUAUCUCUCGCUCUCACAGGCAGGCAGACUUUGGGUUUAAAAUAUAUUGUAGAUAACCCAUGUAAUUAAAAUCAUUAUAUAUUUGAUGGAGCAGGGCAAAAUUUUUUAACAGUAAUCAUAGUAUGACAAGAAUACUCAUAAACAUGUUACAUUAAUAUCCACAUAUAUACAAUAUUGCAUAUACUGUAAAUGUCUGUAUCUGUAAGUAUGGAAAUGUAUGCAUGCUUUGUGAAUAAUCUGAAAAUACGCAUUAUAGGAGCAUGUGUCUUAGGCAACUUGUUAUUCUGUAUGGAGCCUUUGUAGAAUGAUAUAAUUUGUAUAAUAUAAUGUAAUUGCUAGCCAUAUUUGCAACUACAGGUAAUGCAGUCAGGUUUUUGUGCUGCCAUUAAUUUCAAGUGCAUCCUUUAUAGAAAGUUAACUUGGAGGAGAUAUGUUGUGUAAAAUAGCCAAUGGUUUUCUUUAUUGGUUUACAGUUGACAGACAGAAGUGACGAAUCUCACCGAGUUAUUUUCUUGCACAGCAUUUUGUCCUCCAGAAUUUUUGUACUUGAUAUGAUUAUGAAAUAAGAUGUAAAAUAUAUGUUUAUUAGACAGAACUUGUAAUUUGCCUUGGACUUUGAUUUCUGGGAUUAUUUUCUGUUUAUAAUGAGAGGCCUUGUGGAUUGUAUGUUUGAGAAGCUGUAACACACACACACACACACACACACACACACACACACACACACACACACACACACACACACACACACACACACACACACACACACACACACACACACACACACACACACACAACUUGACAUAAAAUACACACUCAAAUUCAUGUAAAUCACACACAUAUUCACAAGGUGAAAGUAUUUAGUAGUCAUAUGAUGAUCUUUCUUUGUAAAAAAAAAUGAGAGGCCUUGUGGAUUGUAUGUUUGAGAAGCUGUAACACACACACACACACACACACACACACACACACACACACACACACACACACACACACACACACACACACACACACACACACACACACACACACACACACACA